UUCAAGCUCAGCAAAGAAAAUGGAAGUUUUUUCCAUGUUUUCUUCAAUAUCAAACCCUUCUUUGCCCAUGCACAAAGAGAUUUUUUUGCUUCCCUACUUUUGGUUUGCUCUGAAUUUAGAUGACUUUUGAGUAGUAUGAUCACUUCUAUAAGUAAGGUUCAGUGUACCUUGGGUAGAAUCUAAAGAUGAAUACUUUAGAAUAUGCUACAGAUUACUUGGUAUUUUCAUUUUUCAAUAGAGAUUAAUAUCUCAUAUUGUUUCUUAUAAAGCUAGUGCAAUCCACAAGCUAUUCUUAUCCAUCCAGUGUUCCAGACCAAUCAGAGAGAAAUCAAGCUGUUCUUAUUGCAGAGAUGAAGCAUGUUUUGGUUUACUUUUAUCUCUGCCUGAUAUGCACUGUUGCAGUUACGUCCAUGGAGUCCCAUAUAAAAGAUAUAUCUGUUCCCUACACUCAACUGGGCUCACAAAACAGGCAUGCUAAUGCUAUGGUAACCCUAGCAGAUCAGGGUGAAGAGAGAAAAAGCAUGGAAGCAGAUGGUGCAGAAAAAUGGGUUUAUCAAUCUGAUUAUACAGGACCAGGAACCCAUCCGAUUAAUCCAUCUCCAUGUUGUUAAUAUAUGUUUCUGAACGCAAGCACGAAGUGUACUGUCUGCAAGACAUCCUGAAUAAUAUUGUAAGCUAUAGUCGUUGGUCAUAUGGGACUUGUUUUCUAGCCCUCUAAUCGAUAACAAUAAUCAAUGUCAGUCUAAGUACUAUUGUAAUUAUGCAGGUAUGUCUGUGUAAGUGUAUGAAUCAUCAUACACAUCGUUUAUGUAAGGGUGUAUUUUGAAGUAACAAUGUUUAUGUCCAUGGGGAAGUAUAUUAUAACAGUGGAUCUGUUUUGUGUUUAUUGGGUGAGGAUGUCUUAAUAUGUAAUUUUGUCAAUAAAUGGUGUAAUUUUGUGUGAA